AUGAAGUUCUCUAAGUAUACGGUCCCUCUGUUUACGGGAUAUGGGUUGUCAAUGGCUAUGCCUGAUGCAUCGGAGGCAGAUUUGACAUCAUCUGCACAUAAAAAUGGCUGGAUUCCACGCUUUGAGAACUUAGUAGCUUUUGGAGACAGCUAUACAGACGAGUCAAGACUGAGUUAUUUCCAAACUCACAACGGUUCUGCACCGCCGCCAGGAACUUUACUUCCAUCUAGUAAUUCGACUGCUGGUGGAGGCGUCACCUGGGAUCGAUGGGUGUCUAAUUAUAGUGGAGCGAAGCUUUAUGACUAUGCUGUCGCCGGAGCAGUCUGCUCUAACGGAAUCAUCAAUCGAUAUUUAGCCAGUGUCUUUGGACCAUUCCCUGAUGUUGUCUACGAAGUUGAUGCGUUCGUUGCGGAUGUGAAGUAUAUCAAUUCAUCCACAAAUACCAACACUCUUUACACCAACCGUAAGCCUGACAACACGGUAUACUCAAUGUGGAUCGGUACCAACGAUUUGGGAGAGGGUGCCUUUUUGACAGACUCUUCUUUGAACGGGACAACCAUUCCAGACUACGUUGAUUGCAUUUUCGAUAGAUUCGACGGAAUUUAUCAGACCGGAGCCAGAUAUUUUGUUCUGAUGAAUAAUGCACCGUUACAAUUAACGCCAUUGUAUGGAAUGCCAGGUGCAGGAGGACUGAAUGCUAGCCAUUAUUGGCCCAACAAACCAAGCAACAUUUCAGAAAUCAGCGGGAAGAUGAAAGAAUAUACCCAAUUGGCCAAUAGCAUAUUCGACUACAGAGUACCAUUUGAAAUAGUAAUUAAAAAGCGUUACCCAGGAGCGUCGAUCGCCAUCUUCGACACCAAUUCUUUACUUACCGACAUUUACAACAAUCCAACGCAGUAUUUGCCAGCACCAGCCGUUGUUGAUGUAUCAUACAUUCUCUGCGCUGUCUCCGGAUCACCAUGUCCCAAGCAACCAGGAAGCUUAGAUGGCUAUAUGUGGUACGACGAACUUCACCCUUCUCAAGGAACAGACAAAGUUAUUGCUCAAGAAUUUUUAAAUGUUGUAAGAGGAAACUCGAAGUAUGCCACAUAUUGGUAA